AUGGCUAAGAGUGAUUUGAUAUUGACACCAUAUCAAGUGUUUAUAUUACCAUGUUUUAUCCUUAUUUUCUGGUCUCUAUUUUUGAUAGUCUUCAAAAGUGAUGGAAGUGGGACUUGGAGAAGAGAUAUAGAUUGGCUUAUACUUACUCAAAGGGAACAAACACAACGAUUUUGGUUUGUGUUUAAUGAAACGAAAGAAGUAUGUUCAUGUGUAACCGGUUUCGAAAGAUGUAAUUUUACAAAACUUAAAAAAGAAAAAGAUUACUUGUGUACAUGUCCCACUCAUUUUAAUCAUGGUGUAAUAACUUAUUGUACUAAAUCGAAUUAUGAGAGAGACAGCCUUGAAUAUGAAGAUGAAAUUAUGGAUCUUUUUUUAAUACGACCAACAAAUAACUGUCAACAUUAUGGAAGAUAUUCAAGUUUGGAAUACCGAAAUGCCAGUACAUUAUGUCCGUUUUGCUUCGAUGAAAUAACCCAAUGUCCCAUAUGGGAAACACUUUCGUGA